ACCCAGGUAACGGCACCUUGGAACCCGGGAUGACCCGCUUGGCGAAUGUGUUCGUAGUCUUGGUCGCCGCGGUGGUUGCGGUGGCCGGCCGGGGGGACCGCGCCGCCCACUCCCUCGUCGGCGCUCCACCGCCCGCGCCCUCAAAGCCGGUGCCCAAAUUUUGUUCUGGUGGGUUCAGCGUCCGGAAGGCGGUCCUUUCCGGGUCUCGGCCACCCAGUCGUCUCAGGUUCCAGGACGUCUUGACCAAUCUGGGCGGAUGGUCGUCCUCCGAGAGCGACUUCGAGGCCCCGUGCACUGGGGUCUACUUCUUCACCUUCCACGCCGUCUCGCCCGAAAAGAAUGACUUCACCCUGGCCCUCAUGAAAGACGGCAAGUACCAGGUGACCGCCUACGGCAGCAAGGGGAAUUAUCAGCAGGGCUCCAACUCGGCUCUGCUCGUCCUCAACGCCGGGGAGAAGGUCCACCUUGAGCUGCAGGACGGCUCUGUGUACGAGCACCCUUACGACGAGGCCUACACUACCUUCUCAGCCUUCCUUGUUGAACAGUUCUGAGGGGAAAAGGGGACAUGGGGAUUGGGAGAUGGAUAAGUUAUUGUUAUUUUAAGUUUAAUAUUUAUUCCUGUGCGCUGCAUGGUCGGUGAUAAUAAAGAUGUG